AGGCAAUAAGAUUGAAGGUCCUAUCUGCUAAGUUCUUUGUGAAGAGUUGGGUAGUUUAAAAAGCAGGCAUAUUCCGAGAGAAUUUAUCUUGAAUAUGGCCGGAUCUGCCCUGAAGAGAUUGAUGGCUGAAUAUAAACAGCUAACAGUCAAUCCUCCUGAGGGCAUCAUAGCUGGUCCAGUCAAUGAAGAAAACUUCUUUGAAUGGGAAGCUCUUAUUACUGGUCCAGAAGGAACAUGUUUUGAAGGAGGGGUCUUCCAGACUGAACUGAAGUUUCCGACUGACUAUCCGCUCAACCCACCCAAGAUGCGAUUCAAGACUGAGAUGUUCCAUCCAAAUAUUUAUGCAGAUGGCCGGGUGUGUAUAUCAAUCCUGCAUGCCCCUGGUGAUGAUCCUAUGGGUUAUGAGAGCAGUGCUGAGAGAUGGAGUCCAGUACAGAGCGUAGAGAAGAUUCUUCUAUCGGUCAUCAGCAUGUUAGCAGAACCCAAUGAUGAGAGCGGUGCUAAUGUAGAUGCGUCCAAGAUGUGGAGAGAUGAUCGGGAAAAGUUCUACAGGAUAGCAGGGGAACUAGUCAGGAAAUCCCUCAGCUUGUGACGAAUAUACUUGCAAUGAUUUAUAUGGACUCAUCAGUGAUCAUGAGCAUGAAGUUUGGAGAAUCAUGUGCCACACUUUUCAUAUCAGAAGGAAAGGAAUCUUGGCCAAAUAAACAUCUUCUGUGACUGAUUUGUAGUUGCAUGGAGGACUUCUAAGUAAUUCUUUACUGUGGAAUGACUUGUAACCAAGCUGGGUUGUUAAAUUAACUCUUCAGACCUCAUCAAUGGUAAUUAGUUCUCAAUUCAUUCCUUUGUCUAUUUAAGAUUUCUGGCUCAAUAAGCCAGUUCGUAAAUAGCUUCGGUACGCAUGACCCCAAAAUAUCCACAGAUCUUUUACACGAUGGAUACGUCCC